CACAGUAUUAUGGGUAGUCCGCCAUAUUGGUUUUCCACCCCGCAGUAGGGAUCUGGUAUCAUUUAAGGUGUAGGGAUCGGCUUUCUGAAUACUGGACAAAAUGUCUGGAAAUACUGGGAUGGAACAGCUCAUCCCAAUCGUUAAUAAACUCCAAGAUGCCUUUACACAGUUGGGUGUUCAUAUGCAAUUGGAUCUUCCACAAAUUGCAGUUGUGGGCGGACAAAGUGCAGGCAAAAGUUCCGUACUGGAGAAUUUUGUGGGCAGAGACUUUCUUCCCCGAGGUUCUGGAAUUGUUACCAGAAGACCACUGAUUUUACAGCUUAUAAACAGUACUGCAGAGUAUGCUGAAUUCCUACACUGCAAAGGGAAGAAGUUUGUGGAUUUUGAUGAAGUCCGUCGAGAAAUUGAAGCAGAAACAGAUCGUGUCACAGGUUCCAACAAAGGCAUCUCUAACGUUCCGAUCAACUUGAGAGUUUAUUCCCCAAAUGUUCUGAAUCUGACUCUUAUUGACCUUCCUGGUCUAACAAAGGUCCCUAUUGGAGACCAGCCUCCUGAUAUUGAGCAACAAAUCCGAGCUAUGAUCUUGCAGUUUAUUACAAAAGAUAACAGUUUGAUCUUGGCUGUUACACCGGCCAAUACAGAUCUUGCAAACAGUGAUGCACUCAAACUCUCCAAAGAAGUUGAUCCUGCAGGUAUACGCACUAUAGGUGUCAUCACAAAGCUGGACUUAAUGGAUGAAGGGACAGAUGCACGUGAUAUUCUUGAAAACAAAUUAUUACCUUUAAGAAGGGGUUAUAUUGGUGUUGUGAACCGCAGUCAGAAAGAUAUCGAGGGCCGUAAAGACAUCAAAGCUGCUCUUGCUGCAGAAAGAAAAUUUUUUUUAAGUCAUCCAUCAUAUCGACAUAUAGCAGAUCGUUUGGGUACUCCUUACUUGCAGCGAGUGUUGAAUCAGCAGCUUACCAAUCACAUCCGGGACACAUUGCCUGGCCUAAGAGAUAAGUUACAGGUAAGCAAAUUUUUAACCAAAGUAACCAUUGUACUUAUGUCAUGUGUUAGGAAGACACAUAAUUUGCAUUCUUCACCAGUUAUUGUUACGGUGAUUAAGAUGAUACAACAGUUGCAGUCAGAUUUUGAACGUACCAUUGAGGGUUCAGGCUCAGCACAGAUCAAUACAAUGGAGCUGUCUGGUGGAGCAAAAAUUAACAGACUUUUCCAUGAACGAUUUCCUUUUGAGAUUGUGAAGAUGGAAUUUGACGAGAAGGAACUCAGGAGAGAAAUUGCUUUUGCAAUCAGAAAUAUUCAUGGUAUCCGAGUUGGCCUCUUCACCCCUGACAUGGCUUUUGAAGCUAUUGUGAAGAAACAAAUUGCCCGCCUAAAAGAACCUAGUUUGAAAUGUGUAGACUUGGUAGUAGCUGAACUGUCCAAUGUGGUACGAGUGUGUACAGACAGGAUGUCAAGGUAUCCACGCUUACGAGAGGAGACUGAACGAAUAAUAGCAACACAUAUACGUCAGAGAGAGCAGCUGUGUAAGGAACAGAUCAUCCUACUUAUUGAUUGCGAACUGGCCUACAUGAACACUAAUCAUGAGGAUUUCAUUGGAUUUGCCAACGCACAGCAGUCAUCAGAGAACUCUGUGAAGGCUGGCCGCAAGUUGGGAAAUCAGGUGAUCCGCAAAGGCUACAUGUGUAUACACAAUCUGGGCAUAAUGAAAGGUGGUUCACGGGACUACUGGUUUGUCCUUACAUCAGAAAAUAUUUCAUGGUUCAAGGAUGAAGAAGAACGGGAAAAGAAAUACAUGCUGCCACUGGACGGCUUGAAGCUGCGAGAUGUGGAGCAGGGUUUCAUGUCAAGAAGACAUACAUUUGCUCUAUUCAAUCCUGAGGGAAGAAAUGUAUACAAGGAUUAUAAACAACUUGAACUGAGCUGUGAAAAUCAGGAUGAUGUGGAUUCAUGGAAAGCUUCAUUUUUACGUGCUGGAGUGUAUCCUGAAAAGUCUACAGAGCAGGCCAAUGGGGAGGAGGAGGGAUACGAGGGUGGUAGUGAAAGUAGUUCAUCAAUGGACCCACAACUAGAACGUCAAGUGGAAACAAUACGUAAUCUUGUUGACUCUUACAUGAAGAUUGUUACCAAGACCACUCGUGACCUUGUACCAAAGACAAUCAUGAUGCUUAUCAUUAAUAAUGCGAAGGACUUCAUCAAUGGUGAACUUCUGGCACACCUAUAUGCUUCAGGAGACCAGGCACAGAUGAUGGAAGAGAGCCCAGAAGAGGCUCUGAAACGCGAGGAGAUGCUACGGAUGUACCAUGCAUGUAAGGAGGCCCUUCACAUAAUUGGUGAUGUAUCAAUGGCUACAGUAUCAACUCCAGUUCCCCCACCUGUUAAAAAUGACUGGCUAGCUUCAGGGUUGGACAAUCCAAGGUUGUCUCCACCCUCACCAGGUGGUCCACGCCGAGGGAUGCCUAUACAACCUGUUACAGCUCCUGGGUCUCGAGCACCUCCUCCACCUCCAGCUACUGGACGUCCUGCCCCUGCUAUUCCUAAUCGCCCAGGACCUGAUAUGAGUCAGCGUAUGCCACCUUCAUUGCCAGGGCGACCACAAUCUGCGGGUCUGCCACCACCACUCAUACCUUCUCGAUCCCAGGGCCAGGGAGGAAUGGGAAUGGGGAUUGGGAUGCCACUGAUCCCCCAACGCAUGCAGCAAGCCAUCGGUCAAGCCGCUGCACAAGCUGCUGCUCAGGCAGCAGUCAAUGAAUUGAAGGGUUCAUUCAGAACAUCCAGUAAGCAUUAAGGAAAGCAGCUUCAUGACAUUGGAUAGCGUUAAUGAUGAAUGAAGGAACUCUCUUCAGGUGUGAGUGGAAUCAAAGGUGAAUAGUUUGUAAAUGCAAUUACAGCUGUGUUUCCAAAAUUUGGACAUUCUAAUGGCAUAGUUAAUUGUUAAACACAGUAUUAGGAAGUGUAAGUUCUUACAAACAUGGGUUUUGUAGUAUGUGUCAAGUGAUAUGUUACUGGAAUUUGUGCUGUUAGCCACAUUUUGUCUUCCGAAUAUAACUUUUGAAUAUUUCUUGAUUAGUUGAAAGUGUGUGGCUUAAGCAUUAUCAUAUAAAAUCAGCAAUAGAGUUUCAUCCUUCUCCAUCAGAAUCAGUUUAAAUGAAACCGAAAGGUAGUCAGAUAUAUGUUUGAAGUGAAUAAAAGCAUGCAAGAAGAGAUGUGGCAGAAAUCAGAGAUAUCCCCUAAAAAUGUGUGGUUCAGAAACUGGAAAGGAAACUUUUCAUCUACAGAGAGAAGUUCCUCUGUGGGUGAUAUUAAUUCCUCUUGUGUGGGUCUUCAGGUUGCAUUUCUGUUUGCCAUAAUGCAUUUGUAUUCAGUAGACUUCUCUGUAAUUAUCUGUAAGUAGUCUGUGCAGCCAGUCUUGUUUUGUUGAGUGACUGAACUUAUUCAAAACAAUCAUAAUUUCUCUUUGUAAUUUACGUACUAUUUUGCUGAUUAUAAGGUUGGAGUAUUUUUCAGGUCUAUCUGAUAAUUUUGUCAUAUAUGUUAACUGAUAUUUAAUAGUAUGCAGGUGUACAGCAUAUAUUGUUUGUUAGCUAAUGUUUUAUUACUAUGUAUAAUAAUAACAGUUUAAAUUACAAUGUUGUGAUUAAAGAGCUCUUACUGUAACUGACAAAUAUGUGUGUAAAAGUAUUGUACAGUUGUUAUGAGUUACAUGACAUGACAUUUAUAGGCCUAAAGUUAGAGAACUGAUGAUUAUGUGCGUUACAGGACAUUUUUGUAUCAGAGCAUGCACAUGGAUAAAACCAAAACAAGAUAUUUGCUAGUGUUCCUGUUAUGUAGAUAUAAAGUUUUAACUUCCUUCAUUCAAAAUAUGAGACAUUAAUUGCUAGAAUACCAGUAGUUACCUCUCCCAUUCUGUUAUGAGAACUGAUUUUGAGUGUUUUGUUGUAUGUUAUGUUCAUAAUGUUAUGAAUUGUUAAUACAGUGAAUGCAGAUUUAAAGAGAAUUUGCAUAUUGAAUAAUGUUUCAGACACGUAUCAUAUGGAUUUUAAUGAAGACCAUGUAUGCCUUUCUCCAAUAAAAGUUGCAAAGUUUUUUUCACCCCCUGUGCUUUGCAUGUCUGAACUUUGGGGAAUGGAAUUACCAGUGUUUGGAUAUAAUGUUAUGUGUGGGCAUUUUACCAAAAUGUUACAGACUCCAUCUUGUUAAACCUUUGUGCACUGAGCCAGCCCAUAUAGAAUGCUGUAUUAGUAUUGUUGGUAAUCUUUCAUUACAGCUUAUACUUCUGUAACAACAAAAAGGUAUGAAAGAGUUAUUCUUACAGUUUAUUAAAAUCAACAUUUUAACAUAUCUAUAAGAAAGUAACCAGUCACAUGAUCCUUUAUCAUGGCUGCUGCAUAAUAAAUUAUUUUACCUUCAGUAAUUCUAAAUAGAAUUAUAUAGAUCUUAGGUAAAAUUUGCAUUUCAUAUGGUUAGCACUGGUACACCAAACUUGUGGAAAGUGCAUGUUAUAAAAUAUGUAUUAUAUAAUAAUGACUGGAAAGUCAACUGGAAAUAUACAGCAGAUUUUAUGGUUAUUAGUGUGCUAUUCACAGUCAAUGUGCAAUCUUAAUGUAACUCAGUUUUAAGCCGUGAUGAACCAUUUCUUUCCAAAAACUUGGUACAGAAGUUGAACUUUACAAUGUAUGUAUGGUUGUACAGUUACAAUAAGUUUUACAUUUUCCCACAAUUCAUUUAUUGCUAAUGUCUAUGCAUUGUGUUUCAUAGCUCUGACUUUUCCUUAUAAAUAAAAUCCAAUGUACACAAGUCAGAAUUACACCACAAACAGCGCUCAUUAAUGUACAGUGUAUAUUUUCUCUUAGAUGUUUGCUGUAUGUUUCUGCUUUGCCUAGCUUGUACAUAAGGUGCUGAUGUCUAGGAAAUAAGCAUCUGUAAAGGUAGAUUAGAGGAACAAAUACUGUUUGUUGUAAAACAAUUAAGAUACAGAUUUACUCAUGCCCCUCCCCCCAAAAAGCACACAUACGCAUGCACACACACACACACACACACAUGCACACAAACUAGUUAAUAAUCUUAGUCAUACAAUACAAACACUACUAACGUAACUGGCUGCAAGUUCUUUCUUGACCCAAAAGUGAAAGUCUUUCAGCUUUUUAUGUGUUUAUGUUUGUAAUAUAUCAUACUAUGCAUAGAAGUAUGUGUGGAAGAGAGCUUACUCCAUUCAGUUCAUUCCUUGUGUUGUCUGCUGUCAUUUUGCGUUGGAAGUUACAUGUCAGGAAUGUAUUAGGAUAAUAAUUUGAUGUGAUUUUUGUUUAGAAGAAAUAUGUCAUUUGGUGAAGUAAGUACACAUAAUUUUGGCACGUAUGGAAUAUUCACAUUUAAUUUUCAAUUGUUAAUGAUGUGCAUAAAUAUAUUUUCAGAAAUGUAAAGUCAUCAAAUAAAGAUUCACUUAGCCUGCUUCAACAAAGAUUUGGUCACAGCUGAAUAUAUUGUUCAUAGACUUUCAUAGUACAGCUUUUAUGUCUUUACUCAUUGCAUUAUGAUGUUACAUUCACAUUCCAAGUUGAUAAUAUUGAAUGCAUAUAGUAGCAUCAACCAUAAAUAGCAUGGGAUAUACAGUGAAAAUUACAUAUAUAUAUAAACUGCUUUCUUGGUAGUUUUGCUAGACGAUUAACAUUUUUGAUGUUGUAAGAAGAACAGCAAAAUUAUUUUCAGAUAAUCAUCAACAUUCCAUAUACACAUAUGUAUCAGCAAAACUCUGUCAAAGAGAAUUUGUAUAUUAUGAAAUAAUCUUACCCUUGCCUUGUGUGAUUAUGGCAUGUGUGCAGUUAUGUGCAGCAGGUUCUUACCUUUCAAAACUUGAGUACGUUACUUGUUCUCGUUCUUUUCGUCAAAAUAUGACCACAAACACCAUGAAAUAUGUACAUAAUCUCAUACUGACAGUAUGUAUUUACAUUUUUUAAUGUGCUGAUAAUGCUGUUUGCAUAUUGUCAUUUGCAGUUUUUACCAUUAAUUGCCCCACAAUCUUAAUUAUCAUGUAAUUAAUUUUUACUGUAUAUUGAAUAUGGUCAAGUCUAAUUGCUAAGAGUAGUUUCAUAUACCUGAAUACAUUAAAUAUAAUAAAUAUUUAUGUAUAUAAAUUAAUAGUUGGAUAUAGAGCUAAGCAUAUGAUAUUAAAAUGUAGGGUAAACAUAUGUGUAUAUAUGUAUGAGAGUCAAUUAUAUUUAAUGCGAAUUACACAAGACAUGCACUGUUUGUUCCACAUGUAGGCAUUAGUAUGUGCAGAUGGUAGUCCAAAUCUGGGGGGAACGUUGGAAAUCAUAAGACACAGAGAGAAGGGAACUUUUUAGUGCUGUUCUGAACUUUCCUUUGCUAAUUGAUUUCCACGUCACUAAAAUGGACUCUUGUAAGGAUGAUAACAGCUGAGAUAGGGACAAAUGAUAGCACUACUCAAGUUGUAUGAACCAUGAGACAGUCUACCCGGCUAAUUUUUAUUGUAAAGUAAACUUAAAUUACAUUCUAAUGCAGACAUAUAUGGAGAAUAGUUUUGGUAAAUAUUCUAAAUUAUUCUGAAGUCUCAUGUUAAUGUGCGUCAUUUUUCCACUGUAGUGGCUGCUAGAUUAUACUUUGAAGACAUGAUUGGCAAGGCAUUUUAAUGUUUCACAAUGCUUCAUAGUCAACAAGUUCAAUAAUGUUGCACUGUCAUACACAGUUAUAUUUUGAACAUUUUAUGCCCUCUUAUCGCUAAAUUUAAGCACUAAUGUGCUGCUGUUUUGGAAAGAUAAUAAUACUUAAUGUUUCAUUUAUCCCACUGGGUUGUUUUUGUUCACAUUUGGCAACACAAAACAUUAUUCUUUGAAGUUCUAAAAGAUAUCUCCUUACUGAAGUGACUUACAGGAGUGGGUGUUUUUAACAUACGAACAUUUCUGUAAAUUAGGCUUCUUCAGUAAAGGUCCUUCUAUAUUUUGUUAAGUAUUACUGCUUAUAAUGAUAAGCUUCUACCAGCUGGAAAGUACAGCUUAGACCAAGGCCAGUAAACUGUUGCCCAGUAGUCAGAAUUCAUGAUGUUCUGGAAUAAUCAGUUAUGUCUUCUAUGAAACUAAUAAAUUACCUGCAAGGAUUACUGUCUUAUGGGCUGUCACGCUGCUUAGUCUGAUAGGUCUUUAGGUGACAGUCUACUAGGCUAUGCAGCUUUGCAUACCAGAGGAUUCAUUUUCAUAGCCGCUAGUAU